CUACUAGUAGUACAACAGUCUCUAUUUAAUCUCAUGUAGUACGUGACUUUGACUCGCUGGACUCAGUGCCUCAAUCAACGUCAAGCGAUUAACAGAUGACGGACGGACGGACUUGUGAAGUGAUUCCAUGAGGAGCCCUACGACGAAUCCCUCAUCCAUCGACUCGGAUUGCCCCUGAGCUGAUCCCUGUGUGGCCUCUCACCAUUGCAACGGCGAGGCCCGCCGUGUCAGUGGGGCAGGUCGUAUGGUCCGUUGACACACCCCUGAAGCACGCUUUCGGGCCAGGAUUGGCUACUCUUCACAACGAGUCAGUCAGUCAGGCAGCUAGCCAGCCAGCCAACUUGUUAUCUGUGAGAGAUAAUGGGCGGGAAAGAGUCGAAGGCGUUUCCGAUCACCUCGGAUGAAGCCUUAAAGCGAGUUUCAGAGUCUGAACGCCGUCGUUUGCAGGAUGCCUUUCGGCGGCUCGCCACCAAUAACGGCCAAUUGGCCGCCGUUUCCUUGUCGGCGGGUGGUUACGCCGGCCCGGGUUCGUUGUCCCGCGCCACUUUUGUGCGCGAAGUCUUGGGUGAAGGCGUGCCCCCCAUCUUGGCCGACCGUAUUUUUGCGUUGUGCGGCGGUGGCGUGGGCAACGGCUCGGGAGGGUCGGCUUACGGGGGUUUGGGGGGCAUGUCGGCCCAAAAUUCCUCGGCCAUGUCCGCCUCCACCCGAGGGCUUAACUUUCGUGAAGUGUUGAGUGUGCUGGUUUUGAUCACCCGUGGCACGGCGGACGAGAAGAUGAAGUUCCUGUUUGGCGUGUUGGCCUCUGAUAGCAAUAAUACUCACAUCGAUCGAAGCGACCUGAUCCGAUUUCUCCGGGAAUGUGACCCCGCCGCGUCUUUGGACGAAUUAGCUUCCUUAUUUGCGGAGGGCGACAAGGUGAAUUAUGACAAGUUCUCCACUUGGCUUUCGGAGCGUCCACGAGCUUGUAGCGUGAGUGAGUGGCUACUCGUGCCCAAUAUGCAUUUAAACCUGGUCAAUAAGUUGGACACGCCCACAUUCUAUCAAACUCUGGCUGGCGUGACUCACCUGGAAGAGCAAGAGAUCGUCGAGCUGGAAAAACGCUUCUGGACCAUGGCUGGAAAUUCGGCCUCUGGUCAAAUCGACCUCCAAACGAUCCGACCUCUGGUUUCGCCUCCGUUGCCCCAUAUUCUCGUGAGCUCGUUCUUCUCGGCCUUUGAUGAGAACCUUGAUGGGCACAUCGACUUCAAAGAGCUCUCGUGCGGCGUGUCUGCGGCUUGUCGUGGUCCCGAAAUGGAACGGCAAAAGUUUUGCUUCAAGAUCUUCGACACGGAUCGUGAUGGCGUGCUCAAUGAAAACGAAAUGCGGAUCAUGUGCGAGUGCUUGGUACAUGUAAGGAAUCAGAACGCUAGCACGUUCGCGCCGCUCAAGCCCGACAUUGGACAAAUGAUUAGUGACAUUCUCGAGCGACAUGAUCCCAAGGGAUCACGAACGCUCAGUGUGCAAGAGUUCCUCGUUUGGACCGUGAACAAUCCGUAUCCAGAGGAGUUCUCACGGUUAAUCUUUCAAAUAUGUCAUAUUGUCUUGGGCUUGAGGCCUUUGUCGAGGUCUGACGAGCGCGAUAUUGUCAAAGGAUGGCUCGAACGCGAGGAAAAAGCCCCCUUGAAUGUGGGCACCAUUUGGCACCUCAUCAACAUGGAUUGGUGGAACCAUUGGAACGCGUAUGUGAGCAAUAGCCAAGAGGUCCGACCCCCGGUCGCCACCAAUGCAUCCCAAACACCCAACGGCGAUGCGGGCGUGGCGACUAGCAAAAGGUCCGGCAAGAAGAGCUUGGACUCCACAUUGGCCAUGGAUAGCAAUUCCGGUGUGAUUGGCACCAGUUAUCAGCAAUUGAACGAAAAUGGAACUUCGUCAGAAGGCACACCCUCACUUUCGCCCUAUCCCUCGCGAAAAACCUCGGCCGCUCUCACAGUGCACACCAAAGCUCGCCCUGGAUUGAUCGAUAACACCCCGUUAGUGCAAAGCAAUCACUCGCGAAUCACGAGCCUGACGGCCGAAGGAGGUAAAUUGAAAACCAGUGUCAAAUUAGUACGUGGCAAAGACUUUGAACUCAUUCCCGAACGCCUUUGGAGAGCUUUGGUUCUUUGGUACGGGGGAUCUCCUUCUUUGCCUCGUCAAGUGAUCCGGAAUAAGAAGGGCGAGGUCGAGUUAGAGCUGAACCCGUUGAGUGUCAAGCUUCUCAAACAUCAAGUAAUCACUCGACCUUCCAAUGUGUCUUCAGUGGUGGCCGGGUACAGUGCGGCUGCGGCCACCAUUUCAGCUACGACUAAUGGAACAAGCUACGGGUCGAACUUGCCCUCAACUACUCGACGGUAUCACGCCUACCAAGCCGCUUUCAGCCGCAGAACCACGAUCAAACAGAUUUCGGAAUUCCUGUCCACCCGCCUUCACCUCAAGCUCGACGACAUGCGGCUAUGGCAAUACAAAGACGAUACUCAGAUGAAUUUAUUGGAGGACGAGAACUGCACCUUGGAGGACGCCGGACUCAAAGAUGAGGGGAGUCUCUUGGUGGAAGUUCGGUCCCGGGACGGAACCUGGCCCGAGGAGAUCACAUCCCUCUGCAAUAACAACUCCGAUCGACGGGCUUCGGUGCUGAGCACCAAUCUUAAUGUGCGGGGCGUGACCGGCCUGACCAACUUGGGCAAUACGUGCUAUAUGAACACGGCUUUGCAGUGCGUGUUCAAUACGAAAAUACUCGCCGAAUACUUCAGUCGAAAUUGUCACCUCUACGAGCUCAAUCGGACCAAUCCGCUCGGCAUGAAAGGUCACGUGGCCAAACGCUUCGGUGAUCUGAUCAAGGACGUUUGGACCGUGGAAAACAAGGCCAUUGCGCCAUUUAAGCUCCGUGGUACCAUCGCCAAAUAUCAACCUCAUUUUGGUAGUGCCCAACAACAGGAUGCCCAAGAGUUGCUCUCGUUUCUCUUGGAUGGACUUCACGAGGACCUGAAUCGGGUAACGGACAAGCCCUAUGUAGAAUUAAAAGACAGCGAUGGGCGGGCCGAUCUAGAAGUGGCUGCUGAGGCCUGGGAGAAUCACGUUAUUCGAAACCGAUCGAUUGUGGUGGAUCUGUUCCAUGGACAAUUCAAAUCCAAGGUCACGUGUAAGGUCUGCGGUCAUGAAAGCGUUCGCUUCGAUCCCUUCACAUUCUUAACGUUACCCCUGCCCAUGGAGAGCUCGAUCCACUUGGAAGUGAUUGUGAUAAAGCAAGAUGGAAGCGUUCCUAUCAAAUAUGGCUUGACGUUGAACAUGGAAUCACGAUACUCGAGUGUUCGUCCUCAUUUGAGCGAACUCUGUGGUAUCCCACCUCAGAAUCUGAUCCUCGUUGACAUUGUCCAAUGCCAAUUCAGGGCCAUUCCAGCUGAAGAGCAAAAACUCAAAGGCAUGAACAAGUCUUGCAUUUACGCCUAUGAAUUCCACUCGACCAUGAAUACCACCAAAAGUGCUCGGAAUGAGCAGCAGAGCUUCUCCGAGAUCCAACGAAACGUGCAAUCACCUACCAAAAAACAACAUCUGACCAACGGAGAGACAACGAUAUCAACCAAUGGGAAACCUAAGCCCAAUGAGGUAAGUACUAAGACAGCUCCAAAACCGACCAAGUCAACGCAAUCUGCCUCCGGAGCUAUACAGGGUUCGGAUGGAAUGAAAACGACUUCUUCUCAAUGGAUUUGUGGAGGGAUCGCGGGGUGCUUCAAGGUAUCAUUACCGCAUCCAAGUUCUAAAUACCAUUCCAAGAAAACAAGUGAAUCUGAAUCGGAGACGAAUGCCAAUCCCGUGGGACCAUCGGCCUCAAAGACCCUCCCAACAGACAGUUCGAGUCAUGAGACAACUCAUAUAUCUCCUCUCAAAUCUUCGAAUGCUUCUGCUCCUUCUGGAGCCGUCAUUCAUUCCAGACAAGGAAGCUCGUCCUCUUCCUCCGGCAGCUCGGUUGAAAAUGGAAUCUCGGAUUCCACCACCCUCACCGACAUUGGAGAUUGCCAGCAAGGGGUUUUGGUGGCCUUGCACCGAAAAAUGAUGCCUCAAGAGAUCUACUUCUUGUCCAUGGAAAAAUAUCGUCCCAUGUUGUUUGGCAUUCCCUUAAUCGUUCCUUGUAACGAAACCACCACCUUGCAAGAUCUCUAUAAAUCCGUUUGGACGCAAGUCUCGCGUCUGGUAUCGCCAUUACCCCCUAGGGACUCCUCCACUAACCAUGCAACUGAUUGUGAUGAUAGCCUUCGUUACGAGUAUCCCUUCAACCUAAAAACCGUCACCAAAGAUGGCUCGUGGUGCUCACGGUGCUCUUGGCAGCUCUAUUGUCGUGGGUGUCCCCUGCCAUGCUCAGCUGAACCAUUCCAGUUUUCAUCCUCAAAUCUGGCCAUUGAUUGGGAUCAGACCGCCUUACAUCUUCGUUAUUUGUCAGCUCAAGAAAAGUCAUUCAAAGAGGAUCCCAGUGUGGGCGAAUCCUUGAGGGCGGCUACCGAAUCCAUCACCUUGAAAAAAUGCCUCGAAGCCUUCACUCGUGAGGAGGAAUUGGGCGAGGAUGAAAAGUACUAUUGCUCUAUUUGCAAGACACAUCAACUCGCUAUUAAGAAAUUUCAAUUGUGGCGGCUGCCUCCGAUAUUGAUUGUCCACUUCAAGCGGUUUCACUUUGUCAAUGGCCGGUGGAUCAAAUCCCAUAAAAUCGUGGACUUUCCCAUCAAAGACUUCGAUCCCACGCCCUUUCUGGCCGCUGUCCCAGGAACCACGGUUCAACGCUAUCGAGCUCUACGUUCGGGUGCCAAACCAAUAGCUCAUGGAACAAUUGCCGAGCUAAGUGAACCCAAUUCAUUGGAGACGAUCACGCAACCACUCCACGAGAUCAACAUCCAGGAUGAUGACGAAGACGGAGACGAGGAGGAAGUGUUUGGACACGAGAAUCACAACCCUCCUCCCAUGUGCAACGGAGGUGUGGAAGAUGGUCAGAAGCCAGAUACCAGGCCCAUGGUGUCGCAUCCGAUGAAUGGCGAGGACCCGAUUGCUCGACGGAAACGAAUGGAAUCUACGUCGUUGCUCACUCAUACCAUCAAAGAUGACCAAUUGGAAGAUUUUCAUCAACACAAAUUGGUUGAAGGGCACAAUCCGUUGGAGAUCAAUUAUAAACUCUAUUCAAUGGUGUCUCACUCGGGUGUGUUGGCCGGAGGUCAUUACGUGUCCUAUGGAAAGCAUAAUGACGGCAAAUGGUACCUGCAAAAUGACAGUGCCUGCAAGCCAAUCAACGAGGACCAAAUGGACAAAUCAACGGCCUACUUGCUCUUCUAUGAGCGGGAAGGCCUCUGCAAAGAGGCUUAUCUGCCCAAAGUCGAAGGGAAGAGUUUGCCGGACAUUCGAGAUCUUGACGAGGAACUCGAGACAGAUUUCAAGAAGAACUGCUCGGUUAUGUAAGUCUCCAACAUUGCAUUGAAAGCUCAAUAUCCGAGUGCGCAAUGCUUGGGCGGCCUGAUAUGUAUUUGAGAAUCACCCAGGAUCAAAUGUCUCUCUCCCCUACUCGACGUAUUUGGCAGACCAGAAAACGACCCAAAAUUAUGGAGGAGCCAACUUAAAGAUAUCUCUGACACGGAUUCAUUCACCGUAAGAGGGCAUUAUAAUUGAAUAACCAGUAUAUUCAUUUGCAAACACCGUCAAAACCCCAUUUAAAGUAGAAAGCAAUGUUACUAUGGUUAUUUACUGCUAGUCGGAAUACCAUCUUAAUAACCAUAUACUACCGCUCUGUAGAAGGAGCACGUGCAAAAAGAAGACAAAGAACACAUACAAAAUGUCAAUAGGAACCUAAAUGAACUUGAGCUACUAUAUAAUUUAUCCUCCGCAGUACCUUCAUUGUCAUAUCACAUACCGAAUUCAUUUGUCAUUCAAAAAAUCUUAGAAAUAAAAACAAAUCGUUACCAUGUUUGAAUUCAAUGAA